GAGGAAGAGGAGAUGUUAGAAAGGAGCGAGCCACACCGCCGACAGACGCAGACCUGCACGACUCUUCCUCUCUAGACUCCUAACAAGUGAAGCUGAAGCAACAGGACUGAAUUCCCCGCGUUAGCAGCUCAGUAAAGCGGGUUAAAUGCACCGCUGCCUGAUUUAUGAGAAGACGAUGGCAGCCGACGCGAAGAACGGCGGGACUUGCGUGAACAACAACAACAACUGCAAAGAGCUGGGCAGGAGGAGGCUGCUGGUCGGGGUGGACCUCUUCUGCUUGUUUCUGGCCGGCCUGCCUUUCUUGGUCAUUGAGACCAGCGCUGUUCAGCCUUACCGUAGAGGGUUUUACUGCGACGAUGAGUCCAUCAAAUACCCGGCCAAAAGCGGAGACACCAUUAGCGACGGGGUGCUUAGCGCCGCCGGCAUUCUAAUCACCAUCCUGUCUAUCGUCAUCGGGGAGAGCUACAGGAUCUACUUCCUCAGCGAGGGCUCCAAGUCCUUCGUGGGGAACCCCUACAUCUCUGCCCUCUACAAGCAGGUGGGCGUGUUCGUGUUCGGCUGCGCCAUCAGCCAGUCCUUCACCGACAUCGCCAAGGUCUCCGUGGGCCGCAUGCGCCCUCACUUCCUGGACGUGUGCAAACCCGACUUCUCCACCAUCAACUGCUCCCUGGGCUACAUCACCGACUACCAGUGUCAGGGGCCGGAGAGCAAGGUCCAGGAGGCCAGGAAGUCCUUCUUCUCUGGACAUGCGUCCUUCUCCAUGUACACCAUGCUCUACCUCGUGUUCUACCUGCAGUCCCGCUUCACGUGGCAGGGGGCGCGCCUGCUGCGCCCGCUCACCCAGUUCACCCUGGUCAUGAUGUCCUUCUACACGGGCCUGUCCCGCGUGUCCGACCACAAGCACCACCCCACGGACGUGCUGGCCGGGUUCGUCCAGGGGGCCCUGGUGGCCUACUGCAUCGCCUUCUACGUGUCGGACCUGUUCAGACCCAGAAGACGCUCCGCGCUGUCGCCCACCCCGGUGAAGAAGGACCUCCUUCCUGCAGCAGACAUCAGCAGCCAUCUCAUCAUAGCAUAGAGAAGCCUGCGACACGGACACCGUCCUGGACCCGCGUCCUCCACCCCGCCCUCUCAGAAUCACUACCACAGCCACUAAUCACCACCCGGUGAUAGAAAACUCUGGAAAACUGCAGGGGGAAGGAUGUGGAAAAGCUCCAUUUGCAAACAUUUGAAUGUUGACGGGAGCGGCACGCAUCAUGUUUUAUUUUAUUUGAUCUCUUCAUGCAGGGAACUUUUAUCCUCCUACUCCUGUUGUGAAAGUUACCGGAGGUUCCUCGGCUCUCCGGCUUCCUGCCAGAACUAACCCGGAAGCAGAACGUCUGAACGGCAGCUGUAGACGAAGCUGCACUCGUAUUCCUGCCACACCAAGACGUUAAAAGACAAGACAACAAGUUGCUUCAUAUCAGGAAGGAUGCUGCUUGAGUCCAGCUGCAGUACGAGUGUGGUGUGUGUGACCGGUAGCACUGACUACGUUUACAUGCAGUCAAAAUUUGGGUUAAGGUCAAUAUUCCGAUUAAUGAAACAUUGGGAAUAAUGUGUUUCCAUGCGUGAGCUAACAGGGUUAUCCCUGUAUACAUGGUAAUUAAUCAUUAGGAUAUCUGGAUCAAACCAGCGAUGCACGGAGAACGUCAUGACCAGUACUCGAGUUGUAAAAAAAAAUCACACAACAGCCACCUGCCUGGCGCCCCCUGCUGGCGUGUGUCGCAGGCUCUGACGUAAAUCUUGAAAUUUAAUAUUUAUUCUACACAUUUUUACAGCAUUGGAAAACGUUAAGAAUGUUUGUGUCAUGUUUGUCCUCCUACAGCAGUGGUCCUCACUCCUGGUCCUCCAGAGCCGCUGUCCUGCAUGUUUUAGAUGUUUCUCUGCAUCACCACACCUGAUUCUAAUCAGUGGUCAUCACCAAUCAUUCCUCCAGGUCUGCACAGUUCUGUUGGUGACACAGUCAUCUGUAUCAGGGUUUACUGGAGCAGGGAAACAUCAAAAACAUGCAGGACCAGGAGUGAGGACCACUGUCCCACAGAAACCAUAUUAAAAGAAUAUACCGUAUUUUCUGGACUAUAAGCCGCUACUUUUUUCAUAGGUUUUCAACCGUGCAGCUUAUACAAAGGUGCGGCUAUUCUGUGGAUUUUUCUUCCACCGCUCGGGGCGCUCUAACCGGAAUUAGAAUCAAAACUAAGACAAAAUAAAUGCAAAGAAGAAUACGCUACUUCUUCUUUAGCAGAUAGAAGUAGGUAAAAGCAGAUUUCAAACAGAUAAAUAGAUAAAUAAAUACUGGUUAUUUUCUCUUGGUUCUGUCCCGUUUUAAUCAGCAAAGUUGCUGCCGUGUUAAGACACUGUUAGGAAAGGAUCUAUUUAGGUACAAACAUGUACAUCAUUUACAGUUCAAAAUCCUUCUGUACAUGUAGUAAAUAUCUAAUCUAACAACAGAAAUAUCUGCGGCUUGCAGAUCUUUUUUUUUAAAUAGAGCGGAUGCAGCUUAUAUGCAGGUGCGGCUUAUAGUCCAGAAAAUACGGUAUAUAUUUCCCUACCCCAUCUAUUUCCAUUUUCAAACAUUUUUGAAAAAGCUCCAGGAGCCACUAGGGCGGCGCUAAAGAGCCGCAUGCAGCUCUAGAGCCGCGGGUUGCCGACCCCUGCGUUGGGGGUAAAUGUGACCAAGUUAGAAAAGGAGGAACCCAGGGGUCAUAUUCGGGUUUUUAAAAACCAGAAUAUGAGCAAAUUCCAGUUAUUCAAAGGGGUUAUUGGUGUUUACAUGGCCGUGCAAAACCCGUUUUUUGCUAAUAUUCCGGUUAGAAAAGGCUUAUUGACUGCAUGUAAACGUCGUCACUGCUUCAGUCCAGCUCCGUGUUGUGUGUCCCCACCUGAACGUCUCUGCUGUGCAUAAUUCCGGGUUUCCCCUCGGAAAGGUGCACAUUAGUUCCAGCAGGUGGAAAGUACAGCAAGGGCGUGUUCUUGGAUACGGGCCUCUUUCUGCUGGCAAGGACGAGCCCCCACUGAGCCAUUUAAUGAAACGACUGUGUGUUACAUGAACCAGUGUUAGGUCAGAGUGUGUGUGUGUGUGUGUGUGUGUGUGUGUGUGUGUGUGUGUGUGUGUGUGUGUGUGUGUGUGUGUGUGUGUGUGUGUGUUUGCCAGUGUAUGUUCAUGUCAAGUCCAUGUAUUUCAGUGUUUAUAUCCUCCCCCGGCCAGAGAAGAGGCACCUGCUCCGGCAGACAUAACAAACCCCGGACCGGAGCACCGUGGUCCAAAUCUCACGGCCUUUACUCUCGUACUGGUGUCUCAUAUGUACCAUGACUCAUACUGGCACAUUGUAAAUGCUUAGUAACUCUUAUUCUUCUAAAAUAAUCCACAUGGGCUGCUAACGGACCUCUGCACGGAUGAACAAGUCUAGUGUGUUUGCAUGAUUUUUAAUGUAACGUUUUAUUAAGAAAGUAGUUAUGACUAUAUAAACCACUGUCUGAAAGUCCGUUUUUAGAUAUGAACCACCAUCAUAAAGACUUUUAUGAUGCUGUGUGCUGCCAUGUAUUGUAAAUGACUGUGUGCGUGUGUGCGUGCGUGUGUGUGUGUGUGUGUGUGUGACAGAAACGCCCACUAUGACUACGUCGUGACCUGUGUACAUGUCCAACGUGCUUGUUGAAGGAGCACAUGUAAUCCAGUGAAGAAGUGAACAACAAAGCUCCACAAGUGGACUGCUUUUAUUACAUUUUUUUAUAACAAAGAAAACCUUCCUCUCAAUAUUUUUGUAAUGUGAAAUUUUUGUACGGUAAAAAGUGUAAGACGCGUCAAAGAUGAAAUGUCUUUAAUAAAAACACAAACCCGAGA